AAUACUGUGAAAAAUAGUACUCAGUCUACAAAAAGAAGCUCAACUGGUGAAGAUGAAAUUCCUAGGAAAAAAGCAAAGAAAAACAAGAAACACAAAAGAAGAAGAAGAAAAAGAAGAAGAAAAGAAAGAAAGAGAAGAAGCAUAAAAAGCAACCAAAGGAAUCCAAGUUGAGUGCACGUCCCGGAGAACCUGCAGGCGUGCAGCCAGCUCCUCACUUGAUGCCAGAGCAGCCCAGCUCCCAACUGAAUGUACAGCAUGGAGUGUUUGCUGAUGCAAACCUGGCUGGCCAAGUGCAGCCAGAACUGUGCUCAAAACCAGCUGAGGGGCUUGAUAGUCAAGCUUUAGGACUUGUUUCUCAUUCAGUGACUGAUUCUCAGCAAUCUGCAGAAAAUCUUGGAAGUGGGGAGGGGACUUUGUGUGCAACAAAUCCUCCAUUUAAUUUAGAAAGUAUCCAGUCUAAUAUCCCAGAAAAUACUAGUAUAGCUCAAACUAGAAUUUGCACUAGCGAAGAACAAAUUCAACAGUCCCAUGAAAAUAUUUAUCCUGUAGCUAUUAAUGCCAGUGUUGUUGAUACUGGAAAUUAUACUUGGUCCAGCAUGCCAUCUGGAAUUGUCAGUAAAUCAGAGAUUCAGAAAGAUUCAGUAGAAGCACUGAGAGGUACAGAAGUCACUCUGACAUCUCAAGGCAUUGGGGAAGUAAAAACUUUGGACGCAGCUCUCGAGCCUGAGACCAUGGAGGUGUUGACUUAUUCAGAAGCAUCUCAUCAGUCUGUGUCUCAGGGGCCAGCACAGGGGUUGGAAACAGCUUCAGAAUCUGUGUCCUUGGCAAGUGGUGUGACAACAACUCCUGCACCUGCAAAUUGGGCACAUCCAAGUGCUGUGACUGUAGCUCACAUGGCUGUUGCUGGGCAAGAAGUGAAAAUUCCAGAAACAACUGAAAAAUCUCUGCACAUGGGAAAUGUGGGAAGUGUGGAGAAAUCUUCAGAACUGGGGGGUGUGAGCAGAACUUUGGAGCCAUCCCUGCAGCCAUCAGUUAUAUCUGGGAAUCUGAGCAUGACACAGGGCAGCCCUGUGGAGGCUUCCAGUGUUCUAAAAGCAGGUUUACCUUUGCAACAUCCUUUGACAAUAUCUGCAGCCACCCCUGUGACCCAUGUGGAAAUAAAAAGUGCCAAAACACCUCCAGGACCAGGAGCUGUUACAAAAAUGAAGGAUAUGGAACCAGCUAUGGGACAUGUGGAAGCUUUAGAAACAACCAUGGAACCUGUGGGUGUUGUAGCAAAACAUGUCAGAGCAGGUCACGAAAGUCUGCAAGGCAAAGGUGUGGAAGGUACCACAGGUCCUGCAGCAGCACUGGGUGCAUCAGGAAUGUUCCUACAACAUGGAGUCUUGACAGAAACGAGGAGAGUGGACAGAGCCCAGGGAUCUGCAGGUAUGAAUGUUGUUGCAGAGGCAAAAGGAUUAAGACCAACUUCAGAACCUGCAGCAGUUGUACAGACCUUCGUUCCCCAAACAGCUCCAGAAGUCCAGAUGGCAGAGGGUUUUAGAAGUCCACGAGCAAAAGAUUCAGAAGGUACUUUGCUGCAGAGAGAAUCAAGACCUGAGGGCGAGUCACACGUGAGAGAUUUGGUACCUGCCCUGUCUUUGCAGAAGGAAAACACACAAGGUGCAGGAGGAGUCCUGAGACCAGCAGCUGUGGUGGAAGCAAAAACUUUACAACAGCUUCAAUGUCCGUACAAGUGGAAGGUGUGCGAGCUUCAGAAGUUAUGCGUUGUGGGACUGUUGCAAGUUCAGGGCUUCCUGCCUUAGAAAGGACUCCUGAACCUGUGGUUGCACGUGAAAAUGUGGAACCAGUUAGAGAGGCUGAGGCAUCGGCAGGGGUGAUGCCAUGGCAAGCCACAGCAGAGACAGAACCUCUCCAUGUGAGCCAAACAGGGAGUUCCAUCAUUGCACAGUCACAGGUCACGACACACACAAGAACCUCCCAAACUGAGGUGCUGAGGGAGAGAAAGGAUUCAGAACACGCUCCAGAAGCAGAGACAUGGAACAGAGAAGCAAUCCUGGAACCUGUGCAAACUUCAGAAACCGAUUCAAAAUCUUUUCAGGAACAAAUAGUAGGUCAUUCAGCAGCAGUAUUGGAGUCUUUGCCCAGAGUGGAAGAAAACAGUAUGGCAUCAGGAGUACUGACAGAAUUGACAGAUGUGCAAACUCAGGGAUCUGCUGUAGAACAUGAAAUUGCAGAAGGGAGAACCAGCACACAAAGUAAUGAACCCUCAGAAAUGGAGAAAACAAAAUAUCUGGAGCCAGCAUCAGAAGCUGGAGGAGCGAAGUGGUUGGAGAGUGCUGGAACAGGUGAAGAGCUUGAGGUACCCAUGGGUGAUGCUUCAGCAGCUGUUCCAGAAUACUUGCAUGCCGAAAAGCAGCAAGAGCUUCAGGUAGUUCAAGAAGCAAAAUCUGUUGCAGAAGAGGCUCCAGAAAUCUUGGGUGCUUCUGAAAUAAAAUCUUCUGAAGCAGUUCCAGAGCCAGGGGAUAUGAAAGGCCUGGAAACCACACUGGAACAUGAAGUGACAGCUGAGGCACAAUACAUAGAAGGAGUACAGAGUCAACAGGUGGAGGAUAUGGUGAUUGAUAAGGAAGAUGCAGAGCAGACUCAAACAUCUGAGCCUUUAGUAGCAGAAACAGUUUUUAGUUCUUCACAUGCAGCGGAGGAAGAAGUUUCAGCAGGGACUCUUGUAGCAGAAACACAAGAUUUUGAAACAGCUCCUCAGACUGAGGUAGAGCUGAAAGAUGCAGAAGCAGCUGUAAGGUUGGAGGCAGAGACAAAAGAUUCGGAAGCAGCUCCAGUACCCGAGACUGAUGCAGAAGCAGGUCCAGAACUUAUAGAGGAAGGCCAAUUGGAAGACACUCCAGAGGCUGAGGAUGUCAAAGAAGCAACUCCAGAAGAGGACUCGGAGAAAAGAGACUCAGAAACAUCUGAUGUGCAGCCUGAUGUGGCAGCACGAAUGAAGGAGACUCUCAUGAGGCUUGAGAAUGUUGUUGAAAAAAGUAGUCACAGAACCAGUGAGAAAAAACAUGAUUCAAAGAAACAGAAAAGGAGCCGUUCCAAGUCUCAGUCCAGGUCUAGGAAGCGGAAGAAAAAAUCAAGGUCACGUUCUACUUCCAGGCGUUUGACCUCUAAAAGAGCACGCUCUAGGAGCAGAAACUAUUCAGUUUCCAGAAAAAAGCAUUCCAAUCUAGGUCCCGAUCUGUGGAGAAGAGAGAGAGGAGAGUGUCUUCCCGGCGGUCCAGGCGCAGACGUUCCAGGUCAUCUGACCGGUACCGGUCUAAAUCCAGAUCAGCAGAAAAGAGAUUGUCCAGACGGAGACGUUCCAGGUCGUCUGACCACUACAGGUCUAAAUCCAGGUCAGUGGAGAAGCGGCUGUCCUCCCGAAGGUCCAGGCGCAGACGUUCCAGGUCAUCCGACCGCUACAGAUCCAAAUCCAGGUCAGUGGAAAAGCGAUUGUCCUCCCGAAGAUCCGGGCGCAGACGUUCCAGGUCCUCCGACCGCUACAGAUCCAAGUCACGGUCAGCAGAGAAGCGAUUGUCCUCCCGAAGAUCCGGGCGCAGACGUUCCAGGUCUUCUGACCGCUACAGAUCCAAGUCUAGGUCAGCAGAGAAGCGACUUUCAUCCCGAAGAUCUGGGCGGAGACGUUCCAGGUCUUCUGAUCGCUACAGAUCCAAGUCCAGGUCAGUGGAGAAGCGGCUGUCCUCCCGAAGGUCCGGGCGGAGACGUUCCAGGUCAUCCGACCGCUACAGAUCUAAGUCACGGUCAGUGGAGAAGAGAUUGUCCUCCUGGCGAUCCCGCCGCAGACAUUCCAGGUCUUCUGAUCGGUCAAAAUCUAGAUCCAGGUCUUCAGAAAAGGGAGGAGGCAAAGAAUACUCCUGGAGGUUCAGACAUCGGUCUGGUUCCUCUGAUCGUUCAAAAUCCAGGUCAAGAUCUGUUGAGAAAAGAGGUCGGAAGGCGUCUGUACGGAGAUCCAAACGCCAGCGCUCAAAGUCCUCGGAUCGCUACAAGUCUCGGUCCAGGUCAGUAGAGAAAAGAAAGCAAUCAUCACGGAAGUCCAAACGGCAGCGCUCCAAAUCCUCUGACCGUUACAAGUCUAGAUCCAAAUCAGUGGAAAAGAGAAGGAAUCCUCACGAAAAUCCAAGCGUCGACGCUCAAAGUCUUCUGAACGUUACAAGUCUAGGUCUAGGUCUGUCGAAAAAAAGCGCAAGGAGUCUUCAAAAAAAUCCAAGCGGAAACGUUCCAAGUCCUCUGACAGCGUUAAGUCAAGGUCCAAAU